UCAUAACCUUAAAAACCAAUUGCGCUAACACCUCGCUUUGUUCUGAUAGCAAGUGCGCUAGUCACCCAUUUUUUCGAUUUCUUUGACUUUUAUGGUAAACAAACAAUUUAUCGUCCUUUUUUGUCUUUAUAAAUCAGGCUCCCCAGUUUCUUGGCUUCUUUGUCUAAACCCCCCCAUACCAGUUUCUCUUCCCACUUGUCGAAACAGUCGAUCCAAAACUGUUUGGGAACUCGGAAAGUUGAUGUGGAAAUGACCCAUCGGCCGUUUUCUCGGCGUCAUUGAGAGAGAACAAAAUUUUUUCAACCCCGUUUUUCUCGGUUUCUUCGUCUCAAUCUCUAAUAACAAAUUCAAAAUAAGCCUACGUUUACGGAUACAGACAGAUUGGGGGAAGCUGGGGAUGGGGGAAAUCAAUGGCAUAAGAGAUGAGAGUCCUGCAAAUGGGGAAGAGUACGACUACGAGGUGGAGGAGUUGAGAGAUAGAAUCCAGUCGUCAAGAGGAAGCAGGUUUGAUCUCAUAGCCAAUGAGUUUGGUUUGGCCCCUGCUCGUGGUCGGAGAAAGUUCAGCCGUCGAACUGUAAUCGACGGAAUCAAGGACCUUAGAGGCUUAGCCAUUCAUCCCGAUAACAGGUGGUAUCGAGCGUGGACCAAGUUCAUACUGAUAUGGGCAUUGUACUCUUCCUUCUUUACUCCCAUGGAGUUUGGGUUCUUCAGGGGAUUGCCAGAAAAUCUUUUUAUAUUAGACAUCGCAGGACAAGUAGCUUUCCUUCUUGACAUUGUUUUGCAGUUCUUUCUUGCAUAUAGAGACAGCCAGACCUACCGAAUGAUCUACAAGCGGACCUCCAUAGCUAUUCGGUACUUGAAAUCUAGUUUUGUCAUUGAUUUACUUGGUUGUCUGCCUUGGGAUAUUAUCUACAAGGCUUCUGGGAGAAAAGAAGAAGUGAGGUAUCUCUUAUGGAUUAGGUUAUAUCGGGUUCGCAAAGUCACUGAAUUUUUCCAGAACAUGGAGAAGGAUAUUCGAAUUAAUUACCUUUUUACGAGGAUUAUAAAACUCAUAUUUGUUGAGCUCUAUUGCACACAUACAGCAGCUUGUAUCUUUUACUUUUUGGCUACCACAUUGCCUCCUGAAGAAGAGGGUUAUACAUGGAUUGGAAGCUUAAAGUUGGGGGAUUAUAGUUAUUCGCACUUCAGAGAAAUUGAUCUGUGGAAGCGGUACACAACUUCCAUGUAUUUUGCCAUCGUCACAAUGGCUACUGUUGGUUAUGGAGAUAUACAUGCCGUCAAUAUGAGGGAAAUGAUAUUCAUAAUGAUCUAUGUCUCCUUUGACAUGAUUCUUGGUGCUUAUUUGAUUGGUAAUAUGACAGCUUUAAUCGUAAAAGGAUCCAAAACUGAGAAGUUCAGGGAUAAAAUGACAGAUGUUAUUAAGUAUAUGAACAGAAAUAGACUCGACAGAGAUAUCCGUAAUCAGAUCAAGGGCCACUUGCGCUUACAGUAUGAAAGCAGCUACACUGAGGGUGCUGUUCUUCAGGAUAUCCCCAUCUCUAUCCGAGCUAAGAUUUCCCAAUCUUUAUAUAUGCCAUACAUCGUGAAUGUCUCUCUUUUCAAGGGAUGCUCUGCAGAAUUUAUUAAUCAGAUUGUUAUUAGGCUCCAUGAAGAAUUUUUUCUCCCAGGAGAAGUAAUAAUGGAACAGGGAAAUGUGGUUGAUCAACUUUAUUUCGUCUGUCAUGGUGUGCUGGAGGAGGUCGCUAUAGGGGAAGAUGGAUCAGAAGAGACUGUUUCUCUUUUGCAACCCAACAGCUCAUUUGGGGAAAUUUCUAUUCUCUGCAACAUCCCUCAGCCUUAUACUGUUCGGGUUUGUGAUCUAUGUAGGCUUCUACGACUGGAUAAGCAAUCAUUUUCAAAUAUCCUUGAGAUAUACUUCUAUGAUGGAAGGAGAAUAUUGAACAAUCUUUUGGAGGGAAAAGAAUCCAAUCUUCGAGUUAAGCAACUGGAAUCAGACAUCUCAUUUCAUAUCGGUAAGCAAGAAGCUGAACUAGCUUUGAGGGUGAAUUGUGCUGCAUAUCAUGGGGAUCUGCAUCAGCUUAAAAGUUUGAUCCGGGCUGGAGCUGAUCCUGACAAAACGGAUUACGAUGGAAGGUCACCCUUGCAUCUUGCUGCAUCAAAAGGGCAUGAUGAUAUUACAAAAUACCUUAUUCAACAUGGGGUAGACAUCAAUCUUAAAGAUAAGUUCGGGAAUGCACCCUUACUAGAAGCGAUAAAAAAUGGACAUGACCAUGUUGCUGCUAUGCUAGUUAGAGAAGGAGCUUACUUAAACAUAGAUGAUGCUGGUAGUUUUCUAUGUGCGGCUGUUGUAAAGGGGGACUCAGACUUUAUUAAAAGGGUUUUGUCUAAUGGGAUUGAUCCGAACUCUAGAGAUUACGACCAUCGAACCGCACUUCAUGUAGCUGCCUCUGAGGGCUUAUAUUUGAUGGCAAAGCUUUUGAUAGAGGCUGGGGCAAGUGUUUUUACCAAGGACAGAUGGGGAAACACCCCACUUGAUGAAGGCAGGAUGUGUGGCAACAAGCAUUUGAUCAAGCUACUGGAAGAUGCAAAAUCUACUCAGUUAACAGAAUUCCCUUAUUGUUCACGAGAAAUUACAGAUAAAAUGCACCCAAAGAAAUGCACGGUUUUUCCUUUCCACCCACAGGAAGCUAAAGAGCAGAGAAGACAUGGAAUUGUCUUAUGGAUCCCUCACACUAUUGAAGAUCUUGUUAAAACUGCUGCUGAGCAGCUAGAGUUUCCAGACGGUUCUUGUGUAUUGUCAGAAGAUGCAGGUAAAAUUCUCGAUGUAGACAUGAUUAAUGAUGGAGAGAAGCUGUAUUUGAUCAGUGAAACACAUUAGUUCCUAAUAUAUGGUUGUUGUAAAAUAAUAGUGUUGUUCUACGUUCUUGCAUCACAUCCACUUGUAUCUGUCAUUUAGCAGAUAGCAAAGGUAUUGCAUCUCUGCAUUUACUUUAACAUGUAGCAAUGCUGCGUGGUAUGGUUGUUGUAAAUAGUGAAGAAAUUCAACCAUUCCUACUACUACUAUUACUACUA